CGCCCAGAAUCCACCAAAACAUGUUCGGAGUCGGCCCCCCACCACCAUCAGCGGCGGAAAUCAGAGAGCAAGAACGAGAAGCAAAAAACGCCAUUCAAGGGGCUGUUAAGACUUGUAUCCUUCUCUACUUGUCACCCUUCGUUGUUGAUUACGUUAAGAGCUUCCUUUAGAAAGUGCCUGCAUCACACAUGAUAUAUGUAUCCAACGAUUUUUUCAUUGUACAUGUUUAAUCCGAGAGGCUAUGGGUUAAGGGGUAGAAGUAUAAAUCAUCAUUGAGGGCGAAGCGCUUUGUAUUAUUUGUACAUCUCCAGCAAGUCGUCCCCCACUGAGGAAAAUAAAAUUGCUGCACAUCUAUCAUACA